UUUAUUAGAGUCAAUCCUUCUGGAACCCCAAAAUUACUCCAUUCCUGUCUAUAAAAGAGAAAACCAUAGAUCCAUUCUUCUUCAAAUUUCUCUUCUUAUUCCAUUCAAAUCUCACUUACCCAUUUCUUUCCUCAUCAUGGAUUUGAUUCCAAACCUUCCUCCAGACAUCUCCCGUGAAUGUUUGAUUCGGGUUUCCCAUAGUCAGUUUCCCAAGAUUGCGUCCAUUUGCAAAGCCUGGAAGACGGAAAUUGAGCAGCCGGAGUUUUUACGGAUCCGGAAGACAGCCGGGUUUGGCCAGAGAUUAAUUGUUAUGGCCCAAGCUCGGGUUGAACCGAAGAGAACUAACGGUUUGUCAAAGUUCUGCUACCAGGUGUACAGGUUCAGCGUUUUGGAUCUUGGGAGUGGUCAAUGGGACGAGUUGCCUCCGGUACCCGGACUUCGAGAUGGUUUGCCGUAUUUUUGUCGGAUGGCGGCUGUGGGAUCGGAGCUUGUGGUGAUGGGUGGGCUGAAGCCGGGGACUUGGGGGGUUUCUCGUUAUGUUUAUGUCUUUAAUUUCUUGUCCGGCAGCUGGCGGCGAGGGGUUGAUAUGCCUGGUGUUCGACGGUUGUUCUUCGGAUGCGGGUCCGAUCGUGAUCGGAUGGUAUACGUCGCCGGUGGACAUGACAGCGACAAGAACGCGCUGAGGUCAGCGAUGGCAUAUGACGUGGCAAAAGACGAGUGGUCCCAGCUGCCUGACAUGGCAAGGGAACGUGACGAGUGCAAGGGGAUUUUCCAGCAUGGGAAGUUCCACGUCAUUGGCGGGUACUGUACGGCAAUGCAAGGUCGAUUCGAGAAAAGCGCGGAAGAAUUUGACGUGGCGACAGGUCAGUGGAACAACGUGGAGGAGGAAUUCCUCCAAGUCAACACGUGUCCGCAGACAUGCUCAGCUGGGGAUGAGAUGGAUAUAUACAUGUGCCGUGGAGGUGACGUGGUGGCACUAAAAGGCAACACGUGGAAGACCGUGGCCAAGCUGCCUGCUGAGGUGUGCAACACUGCUUACAUAACGACGUGGCUGGGGAAGUUGAUGGCUAUUGGCUCCUCUAGAUUUGGUGAGCCCCACAGAGCUUACGUGUUGGACUUGAAGAAAAUUAUGUGGACUGAAAUGGAGAUCCCAGCGAAAUUCAGUGGUCAUAUUCAAUCAGGAUGUUACAUGGAGAUCUAAAAUGGCUUAGGAUAGUUAGCUAUUUUCGAUUUCCUGUAUAGUUGAUUUUGGUAAUUUUCCUUGUUUAUACAUAAUGUUAUACGUCUUUUAUCAUUUUUCUUCUAGAUCCUUUAAUUAGAACAAAAAAAAUUUUAAUUA